AUGUUGCUGAUAUUAGCAGUUCUGAUCUCAAUUCCGUUCUCAAUUUGUUUGAAGGAGCAGAGUAUUGGAGUCAAGGGCCGAUUUCUCUGUGGCUCCGCCCCUUUGGCCAAUGCCGUAAUAAAAUUAAUGAACAAAAAUAAAAUCGGUAAUGUAUAGAAUCUGCAUAAUAUUAACAUUAUAUACGUGUGUUAGGUAUGUAUGAUAUAUUGGAUACAGUGCAGACAUCAGAGAAUGGGAGUUUUGAGACCAAGGGGACCAUCAACAGUGUGUUCGGGAUGGAUGUCAAGGUGAAUGUGGCCCAUGAUUGUGAUCGCCAUCUCCCUUGUCAGCGCACUUUCGACUUUUACAUCCCUUCCAAAUACAUUUCGCGUUCCACUGAUGUCCAGAAAUGGUUUUAUUUAGGCAAAUGGAACUUGGAAGUAAUUGUAAGUUCGAGAUUUUUAUCAAAUUGUAUUACUCCAGCUGCCGGAAGAAGAAUCGAACUGCAUAAACUGA